AUACUGUACACUGUAGGUCUUCACGUAAUGCGUGUACUAAGUGCCCACACUUACUGUACGUGACAUGUACUGUACGUGACCGAUGUCGUUCUACGGUUGCAGCAUGCUUGGGAAACGUUAGAGCUCGGGUCAAUACGGUCAACGGUCAUGUCCCCAAAUAGCCAUUUGAGUAACCUGUCCUACGGAAAUAUGCACCUUGUUUGUUUAAUUUCCGGCCGCGUAAAGUGUCAAGAGGCAUUGAAAUAGCUCUGGAGAGAACACGCGAGUGUAGUACAUGUUUAUUAUGUAGUAUAUAGCCUGUCGUACAGACUUCAACUAGCCGUGAUGGUAGUUCAAGAUUUUUGUCGCCCAAGCUAGGAUUGAGCCGACGACGAGUCAAGAAAGACGCAAUGACGCCGCCGAUGACGAAUUUCUCCCUUGUCUGUCUAAUGCUUGUCGUGACAGCUCGAGGGAGGGCCCAAGGGAACCGAUUGUCCAGAGCAGUAAAUGGCACCAGUACACCAGCUACCGCAACAGCACCGACUGAAAUCACCGGGCAAAGCACGGCGGGCUCUACGGGGGUCAUCACUACCACAGCUGGGAUCGCCACGACGACAAGCCCCGCUGUGACGACUGCUAACCUGGCGACCACAGUAGCACCGACAACAUCAGCCCCUCCAACAACAACCCUUGGGCUACCAGCAACUGUUAACCAGAGUGAACUCAUCCCAACCUAUCAAAUCAACGACACGGACGGUCACGUGUGCAUACUGGCCAUGUUUACCGCCACACUGAAAAUCAAAUUCGACAAAACAGACGGAGAGUCGGCAGAAGCAGUCAUUCCCUUCCCGGAGAGCCUGCAAGCUUAUGGAAAGUGUGAGAGGUACUCCAUGGACCACCGAGAGUUUUUCUUCGCUUACCCCGACAAUUCGUCGUAUACUCUCCGCCUGCGGUUCUCAUUUAGUAUUUACAAAAUCAACCAAAAGCCCGUCGGCUUGUUGUUCCCGGAACUGGAGGUAGUGUGGACGUAUGCGGCGCCCUUCUUCCCGGAUAACGCGGAAAGACUCGGUCAGCAGGACGGCAGGAUAUUUACCAGUUUUGUGAGUGAAAUGUACGGUUAUAGUGCAGCGUUUAAGUGUGACAUUCUCACGCUGAGCGACGCUACAAUAACGCUCACUCUGGAAAACAUGCUCGUGCAGCCCUACGCCGAUUUUGGCGGCUUUGGAUACGAGGACGUGUGUGACCCAACAACGCCAAGUGUCCGGCCUGUUUUUCCAACGACGACCCAGCCAUUGCAGACAACCGAGAUCCUGCCAAAUGCUACCACCUCGGAGGCGACCUCCAACCUCUCGGUGACCACCUGGCGGCCCACCUCCCCCUUCCCUGUCGGUGGUCCAACAGACCACACCGGCCUGAUAAUCGGCACGGUCGUGGGCACAAUCCUUGCAGCCCUGGCGGCUACCGGUGCGAUGUGCCUGAUCAUCAGGAGACGGCGGCCGAACAAAAUUCCAUACAGAACCGUCAUGGACACAAUGGAGACCGGGACCUGACCCAUUGGCAGACCCAGCGGCCCAAGAGGUCUAUGGCUCCCCCCCACCCACCCACCCCCCAAAAAAUGGACUCUAUUCGUUGAUUUCUUAAGGAAAAAAGACGAUUUGUUUCAAUGAUUUCGUUUCUUUUGCUCUCCAUUACAUGUAAAAUGCCUCAACGCGUAGCCUCCACACUUCACAAAUGUCAAGAAGGGUUAACAAAUCACUCAUGUUUGACCUUCCCCCAAAUGCAAGUGGAUACGCCCCCCCCGGAGUUGACGUGCAGUGUGGAGACCAGAUAAAAGUUGUCCCGAAAAACUUACUAUGCAAGACUUGCGCAUGACACCGGGACUGGUCGAGACUACACAACAAAGCAGCAUCAGCCACCCGCCUUGUCACUGCUUAAGCUUUUAGUUUCACCCUGAAAUUCUGCUUUUCAUUUUGUUCUGUUAUCCUUCCAUUGUUUAAUGGUCUUCCUGACUUGUGAUGCAUCUGUGGAGUGAUUAGUUCUAAAAGGCCAAAUAUAAUUUGACAAAACACAUUCUGGCAAUACGGGCGAUUCACAAUAGUGUGCCUCCAAGAGUUUACAACGCGUUGACCAAUCACAGUGCGCGA